AUGAAAUUCCAUCAAGGAAUUAUCGCUCUUGUCUCUCUGCUUGCAGUUCCGGCGUUUGCCCAGAUCACGCCAGUAACCUGUCAGCAGGAGACUGUGAGCUGUGCUGGCAACGAGGACUGUAACGCCAAAGGUUCACCUGGUGGCUUUCCUUGUCCAGCAGGCUCUGGUCAGAAUGAUGCGGACUGCUGGAUCGCUACAAGUGCAGGCGGCGUCGCAUCAAGCACCUCAGUCAUGAGGAGACAUAUCUAG